CCAAUCCAGUCUGUCUGCCUUGGUGCAGGUGUGUUCAGUUCCCCAAAGAACGCAAAUGACGUAUGCGGCUUGCGCAAACAUAGCGUGGAACACAAAGCAGCACACGCCCUUUAAUUUCCCUUUCUGCCUUUGUUCUCCUCCCUCGAGUAAAGUACGUGCAGGAGAGGAAUGAAGCCCCUUGAGUGCCCCACACAGAUCUCCCAAUAUUACCCGAUUCAUUCAGGCCGUCCAGACAGGAUACGAGAGAGGGGCUCGUACCUGCUCAUACAAGUACAAGGAGUGUUUAGCAUAAAAUCUCUGCUUCUGAAGGAUACUUCUAGAUUACGGAUACUGUGUUUGCAAUUUGCCAGGUUUUUCUGCAUAGUGGUUUUUGUUUUUGCCCUACUUGUCCAUGUCUAUUCGAGAGUAGACGUUAAGUAUACUUAGCAUACAGAUAGAAGAUAAAUAGGGAACCACAUAGGUAUAUUUCAUAUUUG